UGCGCAUGCGCAGGUCUCGGACCGGUUUCGCGCACUGCUGAGUGAGUCCGCAGGGGGUUUGGGACAGCGCCGCUCUCACAUGACUCACUCUUGUGACCAACAUUCCAGACUUUAGGAAGAUUGACUUUUAAAUUAAGUCUUUAAAACUGAGGAAAAAGAGAGAGAGUGCGCGCGCAGGUAAUGUCCCGUUAGGGGGAAAUAAAAUCUUAGCUUUUUGUUUAAUUCGGUGUUUUUAAAGUGAAGGUGAUGCAGAAGCCCUGAGUGAGUUUGGACUGACAGCAUCUCAGCUCCACUCAGGAUGGACAGAAGACGGAGGACGGAGUGUCUCUGAUAAAGGUCCAGUUUAAUCAGCACCAUGUCCCUGAAUCACUCGGCACUGAUGGCUGAAACACGACACACUGAGAGCUCACUCUGCAGUUGUUUUUUCCUGUAUGAUCGCUCUAAAGUUCGGGAAGAAGGUGAUCUGACCCGCGCUGGCAUCUGCUACUACUACCCUGAACACACUCCGUUGGAUCAGCAGGAGCUGAUGUGUGGUCAGCUGGCCGGUGUGAGUCGCUGUGUGUCAGAGAUUUCUGCGUCUCCUGUCCGUCUGCUCCGUCUGCGCAGGAGCAAAUUUGCCAUCCGCAUGAGAGACAACUUCCUCUGGGCUCUGAGCUGUGUAAAUGAUCUCCCAGAUGUCAGUCUGUGUGAUUUUCUGGAUCAGAUCAUUGAUCUGUUCUGUUUCUAUAACGGCUCAGUGCGUCGCAGCUAUCAGCUCCACACUCAGGAGGAACUUGUUGUACGCUGGGCUCGCUAUCUGUCCUACCUGCAGGGCGGCGCUACUGAGCUCCACCACAUCUUCACCUGCCUCAGAACUGUCGACUACACACAUAUUGAUCCGUUGUUGUUGCUGAAGGCUGCUCUGAUCCUGCAGACGUGUCAGCGCUGCCCCCUGGUGUUAGCAGGCUGUAUCCUCCACCGCGGCAGAAUGGUGAGCACGCAGAUUUCUCCAGGGUUGACGAUGAAGGUGAUGAUGCAUGAAACAGAGACCUACAGCCUACAGGAACUGAACAAGCCAGCCACUGGGAGGAGCUCAUUUCUGUCCACGCCCCAUUCCAAUGUGACCACAACAUCAGUGUUUGUGACGCCUGCUGAGCUGCACACGCUGCGCCGCCCGCUAGUGGACAACUCCGUGUCCUGCAGAUCUGAAUCUCCUGAACGACCAGUGAAGCCCCGCCUCCUUUCCCGCACACUCUCUGACACUCCAAACACCGAGCAAUCGUUCAGUCAGAUUCUGACAUCCUCCCCUAACUCCUCCCUCUCUGAUGAUGCAAGCUUCAGCUCGUGUCCCUCAUUAGUGAGCACGCCGUUUCGUUCCAGCGUGGCGAGCCAGCCAGGAGAAGGAGAUGCCGCUGUGUCACAUGAUCCUGCCAUGGCCAAAGAGAUGCUUCUGUUUGAGGGUUCAGCACCAGGUAAAGGUGAGGACAGUGAGCAGGAGCAGGUUGAUGUCAAUGCUGGGUACCUGAACCACAGCAGCAGUGAGGAUGAGAAUCUCCGAGCUCUCAGAGAUGACGAAGAGGAAGAAGGGGCGGAGCAAGUGAAUGACAUCAGAGAGAGGAGGAGUGACGGAGAGGAGGAGUGUGUGAGGGUGUGUGAGGAGCAGGACAUGGUUCUCGAGCCCUUGCUGCUGUAUGAACACCGGGUCAGAGGGCUCGUACUCGUGCUGCUGGUGGAACCUGGCUUCAACACACACCCUAGUGCCAGACAGGAAGUGUACCACAGUAGUCUGGCGUCUCUGAACGGACUCGAAGCUCACCUGAGGACAAUCGCACCUGCAUCUGAGAGCCCUGCGACGCCGUACACUUUUGCCCACUAUGACCGCAUCCAGAACACAAUCGCCACAAAUACGUGUAGACAUUCUACAGGACCUCAGGAUCGCGCAUUUGUGAAAGCCACAGCGCUGUUACACUCCCACUUCUCACAUGAGGACAUGCUACAGGAAGCCAUUAUCAGGAGUGCCGGUUGUACUCUUUAUGCCACUCGCACUGCAGCGCAGGAGACCUUCUUUGUCCAGCAGGGGGCACCCACAAGGAAUUCUGGGAUACCGAAUGGCCAGGACAGCGCCUUCUCUCUACCGAGUAAAGCUCGUCAUCGCUUACUCAAACAUGGAGUUAACCUUCUCUGAACUACUCACUCACUCACUCUCUCUGUGCGCGUGCACACACACACACCCCGCCUGCCUGUGAUUAUUAAUGACUUUUACAUACAGAUUCAGUGUAUUAGCAAUGUAAUAACUAAUGAACUUGCACUCCAGUGUAUGGAGCACUACGUAGGGCAUGAAAUAAAGACUCCUACACACUA